GGCAGCCACUGGUGGUGACAGGCGGUGUCCUUGAGCAAGACUCAGCAGCAUGAAGGGCAGCCCAGGCCUCUGGAUUGCUGAUGUCAGGACAGAGAGGGGCAGUGAUGUCAUCAUGCUGCUGGUGGGCAACAAGAUGGACCUGGCCAACAAGAGGCAGAUGACCACUGAGGAGGGCAAGCAGCACGCCAAAGAACUGAGUACCAUGUUCAUCGAGAAAAGUGCACAGACAGGCUGCAACAGGAAGCAGCUCUUCCGACCCGUGGGCUCGGCUCUGCUUGGAAUGGCAAAUGUCCAGGAGAGAAGAAGCAAAGAAAGGAUGGCCGACAUCAAGCCGGACAAACUCCAGGAGCCCCUGGCCAGCGGGGGUGGCUGCGUCCACUAA